CCCCCCCGACCUCAAACCCUAGCUCCCAUGGUGCAAGACACACCCAGCUCCCCCGCUUCCAACGCCGACCACCCCUCCCCGCCGUCCCGCCUCCUCUCCAAGCACCGCCCGCGCCGCCGUGCCGCGGCCCCUCGCCCGCCCCUGCCGCCAGCGCCCGCACGCGGCCAGCUCGACCUCGCCCUCUGCCACUGCUGCGGCGUCCGUUUCCCGCCGCCGCAGCCGGGGUCCAAGCGCCGCCCGGUUCGCCCUCUCAGCUCCCUCUGGCGCGUCCUCCUCCUCUGCGCGGAAUGCCUCUCCCUCGUCCGCUCCGCCGCCGUCUGCUCCUACUGCCUCUCCCUCGACAACCUUCCACCCGAGGACUCCGCCGUCGCUUGUCGCCGCUGCAAGCGCUGCGUCCACCAAUGCUGCAUUCCCGCGGAGCACCGCACGGCCCUGAUCCAGCCCGUGGAUGUGGAAAAUUUUCUCUGUGUCGAUUGCUGCCCGACCUUGAGAUCGAAGAACGGGGGCUCCAAUUUGGGGCUGAAUCUGGUGGCUUACGCCAGGGAUCCCACCUCCGUGGCUGGGGGCAACGCUGUGAGGAAGUCUGUGGAGGUGAAGUCAGCUUCCAAGCGGGGUAAGGACGUGCUUGCCCUCACCAGCAUUGGGGGCGGUGGGUCUGAUGGGAGAGGAAGCGGUGAUCCGGCAUUGCUGGAUGAGGAAUUGGCGUUGCAGCUGCAUCUGGCAAUGAAUGGAUCACAGAGGAUUUCACGUUCAGGGAACUCGUCUGGUGGUGGCUCCGCCGAGCAGGACAAGGGGAAGAAAGAUGUGGUUGGUGGAAGGAAGGGUAAUGGAGAUCAGGAUAUUUGUGUAACCAAUAUGAUGGCUCAGCUUGAUGAUGAAGCAGAACCGGGUUGCAAUAUGGUUUCAAAGCGUUUUAGGAGAUUUGGUCCCUCAGUCACCGUGGUUCUUGCUCUUGGAUGCGUGAAAGGUAAGCAUGCCCAGGAGAGCAUGAAAGCUAAAAGAAAAGAUCCUCCCAUGACUGAACAGCAGGAUAAUUUGGUGGAUCGGUAUAAGAAGAAGUAUAGCAAAAGGAGCUCAAGUAAGCAGGCAAAAGUUGAAAAUAUUGCAAGUGGGACCAUGCGUGAUGGGAAGGACAUGGAUGGUGAUCAUGGUGGUAAUGGUGUAGUUCCUGUGAAAUAGACUGCUUGGUGCCUCUUAGAGGCACUAUUGGCGCACAAGAACUGUGCAGUGAGCAUGCCUUGUUUCGCCUGUGCGAGCAAGGAUUCCCUUGCUACUUCUAGCGAGAUUGCUGAUUAAGGCUAUGAAUCCAAACGCCUAUCCUCGGUUAGCAUUGUUGGGCAAGGAGUGUCCUGAGCUAGCAAGCCAGCUAAACAUGCCCAAGAUAACCAAUAGUUGCAACAAAGGGGCGAACAUGCAGCCAAAGGCAGGGGAUUAGUCAACAGGGAGGAGGGAGGACGCAUGGGUUUAACAAUAGAGAGACUAAAAUACAUAGAUGCUGAGAGUUACAACUUACCAGAAUAAAACAAGCUUGUAUAGGUGUAUAAGUUCAAUUAAAAACAUAUUAGACUAGUUAGGCCAUCUUUGCAGGCAUCUUAUAACUUUAACAUCUUAGUAAUCAUUGUGGUGUACAACUAUUGCUCUCAACUUUAAUAAGUGUUAUAGGGGAAAAGGGAUAAAUACGAUGGUUAUUAUCAAAAUCUAACUGCUAAAGUUCAAGGUACAUGCACUGGAUUAGAGGUCCACUUGAAUUGUAGAAUGUAUCUGAAUAGUGUGUCAGCAAUAUUUUUAUGUGUAAUAUGACGAUUGCCGUGUCUAUCCUCAUGUUUGUGUUUUCUCUUUGUAGCAGUGUUCUUAAUAUCAAGCAGCAGAAACUGUGGUCCUUAAUGCUGAACACUUAUGAUUAUAAUGUGCUACAAUAUGCAUGCUAAGUCAAUAACCUAUCUAUACAUUUCACUGAUCUGAUUGCUAUAUACAAUCCUCAUAUCUACAUAUCUAACUAUAUUCUUGUGUACCCUAUGUCCUUAUGAUUUUCCACAUAGCUUGUGUGCUACAUAGGCAUAUAGUAAAUUCUGAAAAGGAGCAAUGAGGAUCGUGAUUUAUAUGUUUCUGAUAAAUGGAAGGGCUAUUUGAUAUAAGCUUGUAAAUAUUUUAUAUUGUUCUAGUUAUCUCUAACUUACAAUCAUAAGUACAUAAGUGGCCUAACAAAAAAUUGGAGCAGUAAACUUUCUGCUAUACUUAUGCAAGUGCAUAGGUACUCUGAGCAUGUGAAGCUAAGUCUAACAUUUGAUGAGCACAUAGUUUCGUCAAAUAGAACCAGAUUUUGCUGCUUGAUGCUCCAAUUAAGAUAUAUCAGUUUUACCAUGCCUGUACUCUGCAAUAUGCAUUAAAAAAGCACACCCCUGCCUAUUUCUCUUCCUAGAGGGCAUGAUAUUUUCUUCACCCUUAGAUGAUUUUUAUUUUUUUACAAUUGGCUAACACCAACCCAUAACCCACUCCCAUCUGGCUUCUCUGAGAAGCAAGCCCAUCUGAACAUGAUUAGCGAGUCUCUCUAGCUGAUGAAAGGGUUGCAUUGACUGCAAGAGAAGCAGUGGAUUGACUUAUGUGGUAUUGUAUCUGCGUUCACAUCUUGUUGGUCACUUUUAGAAUUUCUGCUUCAUAAUGGAGAUUGACUGAGUAUUGAAAUAAUCUAAUUGUAGGAAUCUUCUUGUCAAACUCUAAUAACCAUUCCUUUGUGUGAUGCCAGUGAGAUUUCUUUUGCCCCCCUUUGAAUCCUGAGCGUAAAUUAUUAUGUUUUGAAGGGUAUUAAAGCAAUAUAUCUGAUGGACUUAGUAAGCAUUGUAGUAUUUGGAAAUGUUAUGCACUACUGCAAAUUGCUAGGCCUUAUGGUUAAACUUACCAAACACUUGGAAGAACAUAGUAAACUCUACUCUGAUUUUUUAAACAAUUAUGGCGCUGGUUGUCAUAUGAAUGAAAGUUAUUA